UUCCAUGCGAAUGGUCUGGCAAGGUUUGAAUUUGGGUUGGAGGUGAUUAAUUGUUGUGCUUAUAAAUUGAUUUGAUCCACAAUCAGUGCAUAAAGAUCACCUGUGAAAAACAGCUCAAAAAAAUAUCAACUGGAUAUGUAUAGGACCAGGAUGGACUAGGCCGUUGGUGCUUGCCAGUUCACCAAAAGGUAGUGCGGCACUAGUAAUGACACUCUGCUGCAUAUGAGAGUCAUCAUGCGUUUGUACCACCUCAGCAACCUGGGAAUGGGGUGGGUACGCCUGAUCUUUCCAGUGACCUCUUCUCCGUCGUCUGAGCUAUCUGUCAGGGUGCCGCUGCUGUCUAUAGGUUCAUAUUCUGAGCCUGAUUCUGUCAGGGAGUCUUCCCCUUCGCUCUCACCUGACAUGCUCAGAAUCCUGUAGGCCUCUUCACUAGUGUACCUUUGCUUGGACA